UAAUGGGUUUAUCAAGGCAAGAGGUUAAUCUGAGGCGCCUACUGGCCAAAUGUGAACUAAUGUGUAAAAGCAAAAAGGAAGAUGAUAGAAUUGAGAAAUACAUAGAAACCCUAGAUGAUAUGUUCCAAGAAGUGAAAAAAUUAACUGAAUCAAAUGAAAAUAUUGCUAACUAUAAAAGAAGGAUAAAUGAUAUUAAAACUGCAGUUGGAAUAACUGUAGCAAAAUAUAUAGAUGAAGAUCCAGAAAUUUUGAGAAAUGAUUUAUUAGGUUUGCGCCAAAGAAAUGUAGACAAAAAAUCUAAUGCUUCUGAUGACCUGGAUGAAGUUAUAAAUUAUCAUGAAAAUAGACAGAAGAAAAUUACUGAUGAUAUGUUGUCACUAACACAAAGUCUCAGAGAGCAAUCAGAAACUGCUAAUAGAAUUAUAAAGAAAGACACUGAGGUUGUGACUCAGUCAUCAGUUUUAUCAGAACAGAACUUAGGUAAACUGUCAGAAGAAUCAUCUAAACUUGCUGAACAUUCCAAAAGGGCUUGGAAAUGCUGGAUGUGGAUUAUGCUAGCAGUUGUGUUGAUAGUUUUUAUUAAUAUGGUUUUGUUUAUGAAAAUUAUGAAGAAAAAAUAUUGA